AUGUCUCGCUACUUCCCACACACGCCCUACGCCGAAGACCAGCCUCUCUCUCGCACCAUCCUCAUCACCCACGUCCUCACCCGCGCCGUAACCACAGGCUCCAUCAUCGGCCUCGCCAUCACAGGCAUCCGCCAAUCCAUCCCCAGAUGGCGACAUCCCGGGCCUCUCCCCGAGCGACUCUUGCUCUCAGUCUCGCGAAACACACUCAUCACUACGGCUCUUGUAGGCGGCAUCGGUAUCCCGGCGCGGAUGUGGGGCCGAGAGCCGAUUGAGUGGCAAGACCGAAGCUGGAGACUGCUGGAGAAUCGAGGGCAGCUUGAAACGGACGACUGGACUUAUGCUGGCAUGGGAGCUGCGUUGUUGGCAACUGGCUUGAUGAGAAUCAGAGGAGCUGGAGGGCCGGCCAAGUUGGGAUAUCACGGCGUGGUUGGAGCUGCGGGCCUUGGCAGCGUUGGCGGGAUGAUUGGAUACAUGGCUUGGAGGUAUGGGAUCAAUGGAGGCAAGUUUGUCGAAAAGGAUAAAAAGGGAGAAAAGAGCAUUUGA